AUGGACACAGGUACAGAGGAUAUAGACAUCUACGGCGAGGCUGGAGAUAUAUACGGUGGACUAGAAGACGCGAAGCCCGGUGUAUUUGAAGAUAAUCCAGCGGCAGACAGCAGUAGCACGAGCAACGAGCAGCAGCAGCAGCAGGUGCAGGUGCAGGUGCAGGUGGAAGAGGAGCUUCGCGAGCAAGAGAGGAAGCAAGCGCGUGCAGAUGCGCAGAAGGAGAUACUGCCCACCGUCAUCACCAGCACGCCUGUCUUCCGCUCAGAGGCGCUCCCCUACAACUACAAGCCAGGCGCAGCACUCAUGUUCAACGAGCUGCACUGGCACACGAAAGACGAGGAUCUGAUGGCUGCGUUGGAUGAUCUCGGUUUCCGUAUCCGUUACCAGGAUAUCGCAUUCGCGGAACACAAAGUCAACGGGAAGAGCAAGGGCACCGCAUAUGUGGAGGUGCCCUCACGCGACGCGGCAGAAUUGAUCAAGAGGUGGUUCGAUACGCACGACUUUCAGGAUAAACGCAUGCAGGUCCAGCACACACAAUGCGUUAAUGGAAACCCAUUCAAAACCAUUCCUAAAGAGAACAGCGGAAAAAACGCUAACCUGGCUUAUCAGAAUCAACAGCUGUCGAGAGGCUCUUAUAGACCUAGAGGUACUUCCCGCCCACCGCCUUCUGGUCCCGCGCACCACAAUCACCAUAACAGCAAACCGCCGGGAAUGAUGGGUAUGCCUAAUAUGAUGGGAAUGCCUAUGAACCCCGCUAUGAUGCAGCAGAUGAUGAUGGGCGGUAGACCUCCCCUCCCUCAUAUGAGCAGCGGUGGUGGCAGUGGUCAUCGUAGUCCCCCUGCUGAAGAUCCCCGAUUGGCAAAGAGAUCAAGGCAGCAUUGA